AUGGCCAGCAUAAUGCGCCUGUCGCAGCCGUGGGUGUACUCUCCCCUACGGUCAAGGGCACCAUCUCCUAUACUUUCCAGCUUCUACCGCAGUUUUAGCGUAACUGCGCCACAACCAUAUGCCGUCAAGAGUAAAAGUGCGAGGAGGUUGAAGACUCCCUCCAGGAAGAACGAAAUCGUGCAAAGAGAAGCCAACAUGACCUUAUUAAUACCUCAUACCCUCAUAGCCCCUCCGUUAUGGCGCUAUCCGCGCCACCCUUCCAAGUUCUUCAAAAUGAUGUGGAUUCACAUCAAAGCCCGCUUCCAGAGCAUAUGGGCCAUAAUAUCCAUGAAGAUGGUGUCCCAACCGAACAUCCUCGUCAGCAGGCCACGCUUCAAGUUCCAUAAGUCCUCCGUCGUCCCUACCGCCAAGGCCCUCCACGUCCGGAUGUCUGAGGCCAUGGCCGCCGGCGACAAGGAGACUUUACGGAGCAUAUGCACCCCCGAGCUCUUCGAGACCCUCGCCGCCACCAUCGACAGCCGGCCGCACGGCGUGCGCGCUAGUUGGGAACUCGUCCGCUACACCUACCCCCUGCGCUACCCGCGCAUAGCCGACUGGCGAGUCGGAUACCAGCCCCUCUCCAACAACGACAUGAAGAUCGUCAAGCAGGUCGUCGUCAGCAUCGCCAGCGUCCAGCGCAUAGCCCGCUACGACGACACCGCCAACGGCGCCAUGAUCCCCGGCAGCGAGCGCACCCGCCAGAUGAUCGAGCACAUCGUCAUGCAGGCCACCGUCGAAAAGGACACCUACAUCAACGGCCCCUGGAAGAUCUGGGGCACCCUCCCCGAGUCCACCUACGAGGAGUACUUGGCUGAGCUCGAGAAUAUAGAGGCGCUCAUGGCGGACCAGGCCAAGUCACAUAGUUAG